AAAAAGGGCAAUUGAUUUGGUAGAGGUAACACGACAAGAGCCAUGGCUAGCUGGAUGCCACUGACUGGGACAACGGUCCUUGCCGUAACGAUGUUUUUGGCCCAUAGCUUCGAGCGUGUUUCCCCAAGCUGGCGGAAGUGGUGUGGUCAACACCUGGACUUCACGGGAGAGGCUCUUUUGCAGGGAAAACUUUGGGUUCUCUUCUCCAGUAGUUUUUUUCAUGGCACUAAUUCCCAUUUGCUUCGAGAAGUCUUUCUGCUGAUUCUUGCUGGGGCACCUGCAGAAGAAGAGCUGGGAACCUUCGUCUUUCUCGUUGUGUUUUUGCUCUCGGGAGCUUGCGGCUGCUGGCUCAGCUGGCUAACUUUGCGUCACCAACUCCGACACAGUGCCGAUUUCGCGUCCAUGCCCGUGGAACAUGUGGACGCUGUGGCAAACCUCUCUAACAGCCGGGGUUCCAGCGCAUGUGUCUAUGGCGCAGCUGUGCUGGGGAUUCUGGUGGCCGGACACCAAAGUUUGGCAGCUUCAUUCAGACUUUCUUCGCCCCAAGCCAAAGCCAUGCUUGUGGGAGCACGUUUGGCGCCAGAGUUUGUGUCGCCUGUGAGUACACGCCUCCGGAAGCACCUGCCUUUCUAUGUGAGCGCGUGCACGGCGUUAGUGUAUUUAGCUGCCUGUGCACCGGCAGACCUAACUGUUUCCAAUGCCAUUCUAGUUUGGUUUGCGUUUCACUGUUUCUUCCGCACGUUUCCCAACAUCUUAGCCCUGGAUGUGCGAGAGUACGCAGCCACUGAUUUUGCUGGGCACAUCUAUGGCGCGCUUUUCGCGGCCAUGUGUGGAACUUGCCAUUUGAUCCUUCAAUCACAAGCUCUGCCAGCGCUGCAGUCCUGGCUGGCGCUAUUGGUUCUUCUUGUAGCGACCCUCCCGUAGAUGUGGAGUUUUAAAGAAAGAAGACGGCCCUGCCAGUGAGAGGGGCUUUGUUGGUGGUUCUACUUGCUCGGGAGUGUAUAUAAUAUAAAAGUAUUUUUUCGCCUACGAUAGCCGGCCUUUGAUGAUAGACUUAACUGAAAA